CACAGCAGCUUUCCAAAUGGUCCAUCAUCGAGUCAGAAAUCCGCGUUAUUCUCUAUUUAAAACCCCAUUUCCCUCCCUCUCCAGCACCCUUGAUUGAUUCUACCGCGCGCAUCCUGCUGACCAUCUGAACAAUUUGCAAUUCUCGCAUAUCAUUCGCAUUCAGAAGAAAUAAUGACUACGUCUGCAGCUGAGGAAUAUGCCUUCGACAGGAGCUGGCUUGACAACGUCCGUAUCAAUGCCAUGCAUCAGUUGGUAGGACAAGUCUACCAAGGUUACAUACACCCACAUAUUUGCACAGCGAACCCGGAAAUGAGAAUCGCUGAUGUUGGGACCGGCACCGGUAUCUGGCUCACAGACCUAGCCAGUAAACUACCAAAAUCCGUUCGUUUGGAUGGUCUCGAUGUUUCGCUCGAUGCUGCCCCCCUCCGCGAAUGGCUCCCACCAAACGUGACCCUUCACUACUGGGACAUCAAAUCCCCUGUCCCCGACCACCUAGUCGGUGCGUACGAUCUAGUCAAUGUACGAUUCUUUACCAUUGUCCUUCGGAACUCUGAGAUCAAGGAUGCUCUGAAUAAUCUAUCCCGACUGCUUAAACCAGGCGGCUACCUACAAUGGACCGACGCAGAUAUGUCUUCAAUCCGACCGGUUAAGAUUCGACCUGAUAUAAGCGACGAACCGCUGAAGCGGUUUGAGGCCGUCCUUCGAGGGAACGACGAAAGGUUCUACACUUCUUGGGUACCCGACCUGGGGACUCGCUUCCAAGAAGCAAAGCUCAUCGACGUCGAUGUUGACCGCAGGGACCCUCCACAUUAUAUCGCACAAUCCCUGUUCGAGUGUGCAAUCGUGGCCCUUGAAGUCUCCACCAGGAACAAAGAUAUUGACGAGCAGAAAGUUCAAGAAAUAAGGGCAAUCUCCCGAGACGCAGCCAAGGCUUCCAGAGAGGGUUCUUUUAUCCAGUAUACAUAUUAUAGAGUCAUUGGACGGAAGCCCACGAGUGCAGAACUAUAGAGACAGUUCUCCUGAUGUAUUAAACAAUUUUAUUCUUCU